UUGUUUUUCGCUUGACCCUGUCAGCCCUGUUAUCACUCGAGCCGUGGAACUCCAUGAUUUUAACACAUCGCAGCAACGAUACACCAACGCAACCAGACUGAUUGCCUAGACUAAUAGUUAUCAACGUCUACCAGCGAAAAUAUCUUAGCUAAUCAAUAGAUAUCCUCUGAAGUCAAGCAACAUGGACAAGACUAUCUUCUGUAUGUUUUUAGUAGUUUAUUUAGCGUUCAUCGAUUCCAGCUCCUCCCGAUCCCUAGAACGUCGUGACGCCGAGGAUAAGUCAAUGAAGAAGACCAACACAACUCGACGCUUAGCAGCAUUGCGAGCCGAAAUGAAGGCUCUCAAUCUUUCUGCGUACAUUAUUUUUUCCGUGGACGCGCACCAGAGCGAGUACACUGCGAUGCAUGAUAAAAGAAGAGAGUACAUAUCUGGAUUUACUGGAUCUGCAGGCAAUGCUGUAGUAACGAUGACUGAUGCAGCUCUCUGGACGGACGGCCGUUACUACGAACAAGCCGUUAUGGAGAUGGAUUCGAACUGGGUUCUCAUGAAAGGAAGUACAGCGGGGACACCAAGCAGGACUACAUGGRUAUCACAGAGAUUAAAGAAAAACGACGUUGUUGGUGUCGAUCCGUUUCUUAUAAGUAGAAAUGUUUUUAAAAGCAUGGAGACGACAUUAGCAAAAAGUGAUAUCGUACUCAAAACUGUUCUUGACAACCURGUGGACAAAAUAUGGACCAGCCAGCCUCCAUAUCCAAAUGCAACGGUUUUCAUUCUGAGCCUCAAAUUCGCAGGYAAAAAAUGGCAGGACAAAGUCAAAGAUAUGCGCGAAACAAUGAAAUCUAAAAAAGCAACGGCAGUGGUUCUGUAUCAACUAGAUGAAAUUGCGUGGCUUUUCAAUAUUCGUGGAUCUGAUGUUCCUUAUACUCCAGUAUUUAUGUCAUACUCAAUUGUGACUAUAAAUCAAAUUACACUUUACGUUGAUUUAAAGAAAAUAACUCCUGAAGUGCGCAAYCACUUACAAACAGACGAUUGCAGCUCAGUGUGUGUAAAACUGGAAAAUUAUUCAAAAAUACUCGAUGGCAUUGAAGAUGAAGCGAAAUCGGAAUCUUCAAAACUAUGGAUUGUUGACAGAGGAAAUUACGCCAUGACCAUGAACGUCAAUGAGACCAAGCUUUUGAUUGAAGUCCUUUCACCUGUGAGCCUUCCUAAAUCUAUCAAGAACGAGGUAGAAAUCGAGGGAAUGAAAAAAGCAAACCUGAAAGACGCCUUAGCAAUAUGCCAAUUUGURGAGUGGAUGGAAAAAGAGGUGCCCAAAGGGCGUAAAGACCUCACAGAACUCACAGCAUCGGCGAAACUAGAAGAAUUCAAAAGUAAGCAGGCAGAUUAUGUUGGUCCUAGCUUUUUCAGUAUCUUUGGGUAUGGACCUAAUGGUGCCAUUAUUCAUUAUUCGCCAAGCAAAUGGUCCGAUCGUCAAAUAUCUACCGACAGUACAUUGCUCGUUGAUACAGGCUCACAGUACAAGGAUGGUACAUGUGACACAACUCGUACAUUUCAUUUUGGUAGUCCAACCCACGAACAAAAGGUCGCGUACACGCGCGUACUCAAGGCGAAUAUACAGCUAGGGACCGCAGUAUGGACCAAUAAUACAAAAGGACGCAUUCUGGAUGUCUUUGCUCGCCAACAGCUAUGGAGAGGAGGUCUGGACUAUCGUCAUGGAACUGGACACGGGAUUGGAAUGUUCCUCGGUGUUCACGAGGGUCCGCAGGCCAUAGGACCGGGUUGUCCGAGAAGUGCUGAAAAGCCGAUAGUACCGGGGAUGUUUACAUCUGAUGAGCCUGGUUACUAUAAAACUGGAAGCUACGGUAUUCGAAUAGAAACGGUUAUGCUGGCUGUCCCGGCAAAAGUGAAGAGUGUUUUCCCCAGACAGUACAUGAUCACAUUUGAAGCAGCCAACUUGACGCCCUUCGAACGCAAYAUGAUCAUAGUAGACAUGUUGACCAAGAAAGAGUUGGAUUAUGUUAAUUAUCACCACAAGUUGGCGCGAGAGAGGGUAGGCGCUAUGAUGAAAGAGCAAAACUUAAUGGAGACUUAUGAUUGGCUAGUGAAAAGGACCGAACCACUCACUACCACGAGUCCUUCCGGUGGCUCGCCCGAUAGUGUGGCAAAUACGAUCCUUGUGGUCAGCUGUUUCAUGCUGUACUGGAUGCGUACUUGGGAAUGAUGCGUUUUCGUGAUUUUUCUUUUGUUAAUGAUUUCGAUUCAAUCUUGUUGAUUUCUGAUGAUUUCAGUAAUCAACGCCAAAAUCCACGUAAAAAACCUUCAUAUAUUCUCUACGGGCGCGCCGUAUAAUCGAAGUAGUCACCGUUGUUUAUCAAACUUUAUUAUUAUAAUAAAUAAUAUUCAUACUA